GAGUACCGAGAUGACGACCACCAGCGACACUCAAACAGGAAUUCAUCUCUGUCCAAGGAAUUAACGGCGGAGCUUUCCGUGAAUCUCUGUCCGUCCGAUCCGACUGUCGAACUCUUUCUCCUUCUUAGCGCAGAGGUAGGUCCUAACUGACCUGCCACCGCGCAUCCUCAAAUAAGGAAUGGCUAAUGACAGUGACUCGGACGACGAGUUACCUCCCGGCUGGAGAGAACAAGCCAACAAAGACGGUUCCGUCGCUUUCAUCAAUGCCUGCACCGGCGAGGCAACAUUCGAGCACCCGGUGACGCGCAAGCGAAAAUGCGUUCCCAAAGAGCUCCCCUUCGGAUGGGUCGAGCAAUUCGACGGAGGCAAGGUUUUUGUCAACUGUCAAACCGGUCAAAGAACAACCGUCGACCCACGACUGGCCUUCAAGACGGAAGACACCGACACGUUCCGGCGGAGAUUCGACUCGCACGCCACGUGCUGGGAUGUGCUCGAGGGCAUAAACUUAUCGAAUAAAACUGUUCUCGUCACCGGCGGGAGUGCCGGGAUCGGAUGGCUGACCGCCUUGAGUCUCGCAGCUCACGGAUCGCGUGUCGUUUUCACAACGAGGAACUUCGCGCAGUCGGAGGAUGCUAUCAAACAAGCUCUCAGUGACCGACCUAAUCUGAAGCUGGAAGCCAUGUUUGUCGAUUUCCUGGAUCUCUCGAGCGUCCGUUCCUUUGCUUUCGAGUUCAGAAAAAAGUACGACACUCUGAACAUCCUUAUCCUCAAUGCGGGCAUUUUCGGACCGGGUUUCGAGCUGUCGAGGGAUGGUUUCGAGAGCACGCUCCAAGUGAACCAUCUUUCGCAAUUCUACCUCUACAAACAACUCCAGAGUCUUCUGGUGAGCUCGAGCCCGUCCCGAGUGAUCGUUCUCAGCUCUGAGAGUCAUCGUCAGUCUUUUCUGACGACCCCGGAGGAUAUCUCUGAGGAACGGCUGACUAUGAAGAGUCCAGGCAGAUUUUGGUUUUCUCUCGUUGCGUACAACGACUCAAAACUGUUCAACAUCCUCUUCGCGAGAGAACUCGAUCGGCGAAUGAGCAAGCAGGGCAUCCGGGCUCUCGCCGUGCAUCCAGGGAACAUGAUCAGAACGAGCAUAAGUCGUACCUGGUGGUUUUGGAAGCUGCUCUUUUUCCUCGCGUCCCCGUUCACCAAAAGCAUAGAACAAGGCGCGGCAACGACCGUUUACGCUGCAGCAUCUCCGGAUAUGGAAGAUCGCGGGGCGUUGUACCUGAACAAUUGCUGUAUCUGUUCGGCUACCAAAGCAGCGAAUGAUGACAAGCUCGCCGAAAAGCUGUGGAGGGUGUCCGAAAAAAUUCUGAAGGACCUCAACAUGCAGUGAGUGCAUAUAAGCGAAAAUGAAUAAAGGCAUAAAAGCUCUUCGGACACUUUCGAUUCGUUCGAAAUGUGGGAGAUUUCCGCCGAUCUACUCAUUUGGAUGGAUUCCAGUCAGGAAAGUCUCUCUAAUUCUCUUCGCUGAAGAAAGCGACUAUACACAGCACAGAAAAGAGAACUGUGAGCGGGAGGAAAGUCGGAAUAACUCCCUGUGAUACCCUGACCUCGAGCGAGUGAUCAAGAUCCUUCGGGGUCGCGAUGCCCCUCUUCGACUUCCGGAGCCUCGGAUC